ACAGUGCCGUCAUGCCAAUGAGGGUACCAAGAUACCAACUACCAAUAAACCACAGUGAAGGCAACCACUACCAGGAUAUGACGUCACGUCACAGUGGAAUGACAGCGUAACAUAGGCAAGACGCGCUAUAAACUCAGUGUGGGUUUCUUUAUGUACUAAAGGAUUAAAACCAACAUACAGUCAUCACUAGGAGUCUUGCCUCGUUGCCUCUUCAACAAAUAACUUGAAGUUACAUAACUUCCAUCAAAACACUUCAGUCGAUUAUCGUUCAAAGAGAAUCUAAAGUCAUGGCUCGUACACGGCUCUCGAACAUGUUGCAAAUUUUGAAACAACAUUUGAUUUUGUUUUUAAUCCUUGUUGGUGUAUUAUGCGGAUUUUUACUCGGAGCUUUACUUCACGAAACUGUGCAAUCGUCAAAAGACCCUCCACCGAAGGAGUUAGCUAUGUAUUUGUCGUUUCCUGGCGAGAUUUUGAUACGAAUUUUGAAGCUGUUAGUCUUGCCACUGAUCAUUUCUAGUGUUCUUUUGGCCGUGGCCGAACUGGACGCCAAGCAAAGCGGAAAAUUGGGCAGAAGGACUUUAUUAUAUUAUCUAAUUACAACAAUAUUAGCUGCAAUAGUCGGUAUAGUUCUGGUUGUAAGUAUCAAGCCAGGAGAGGCAAAUGUAAAAGCUACAAAACCGAACGAGGGCAAUAUUGAGCCGGCUGAUUCUAUUUUGGAUCUAAUAAGAAAUUUGUUCCCAGACAAUUUGGUGGACGCGGCGUUCUCCUCAGUUAAAACUAAAUACAAAGCAACAGCAGUGAACUAUACUUUCGGAGGAACUGCCGUUCAUUCGAACUCGUCAGCUGAGGACAUGUUCAAAAUGAUUAGUUCUAAGAAACUGAAUCCCUGGGGAUUUUUCUCAGAUAGAAAUGCUACAGAGAUUCGAAUGAGCGUUAAAUACGAAUAUGACAAAGUUGAGAAAGUUCCUGGAACGAAUAUGUUGGGUCUCAUCAUGUUUGCAAUUGUUUUUGGGUACAUUUUAGGACAGAUGGGGGAAGCUGGUCAACCCAUGGUUGUCUUUUUUAAGAUACUAAUGGAUGUGACUAUGAAUAUGGUCACGCUGGCUAUCUGGCUUUCUCCUGUUGGUAUUUGUUUCCUAGUGGCUGGUGCUAUAGUCAACGCAGAAAAUAUUGGUGAUGUGUUUGAAUCAUUGGCGCUUUACAUCGGCACUUGUAUCACUGGCUUGAUCAUACAUUCCUUCGUUGUCUAUCCGUUGUUGUAUUUCGUCUUCACAAGGAAGAAUCCGUUCAAGUUUUUCUCAGGGAUGAUUGAAGCUGCGAUUACAGCUUUUGGUACAUCGUCAAGUGCUGCUACCUUACCUGUGACAAUAACAUGUAUGGAAAAAAAUAACAAAAUAAGUCCGAAGAUCACGAGAUUUGUUUUACCCGUUGGAGCGACGCUGAACAUGGACGGCGGUGCACUUUAUGAGGCUAUCACUGCAAUAUAUGUUGCCCAAUUGAAUAACUAUGAACUCACCUUUGGAAGAAUUUUAUUGAUUUGCAUUGUAGCGACUCUUGUUUCAAUGGGGGCCGCCGGUGUCCCUGCUGGUGGACUAGUUUAUGUUAUUGUUGUGUUGGAAGCGUGUGGUUUGCCUACAGAUGAUAUUGGACCAAUUCUAGCUGUUGAGUGGUUUCUGGAUCGCGUAAGAACUGCUGUCAACGUGAUGGGAGAUUGUUACUGUGCUGGUGUUAUGGGGCAUUGGUUUCAGCAUGAGUUCGAACAAGGAAGCGUUGAGGAAAAUGAAAUUGUUUUCAACCAUCAGAAGAGUGAACAAACUUCUUUUUAGGUACGCUCUUGGAAUCCUCUUCCCAAGGUUUCUUGAGAGACCCUGGGAACGAAGGUGGCAGCGUACAUAUUUGUACAACACCUAGAAUAUUGAAUAACUAGUUUUGUUUUGAUUUUGUUUAAAAAUUGUUACGUUGCACUUUGAUAUUCAGGCCUACGACUCUACGAGGAAGUGAACAACAUGCAUGACCUGAUUUUCGCACGAUUAUCCUUCGUAAGAUGUAAAAAAUUUAAACACUGAAUUAAUAUUCCUUAAAUAAUUGAGAUUUCGGAGUAAGCGAAGUCCGUGCAGUCAUGACGAGUGAGUUCACACAAAUGUUCAUUUUUAUAAGUUAUCAACGACUAUUUUACAUAAUAAAUUCUUAAUUACAAAAUA